AUGCCCUACCAGCCCCUCCAAAGACCCACCAGCCCCUCAAAGAUUUUCUGGCCCCUCAAAGCCCUGCACCAGCCUCAAGGGCCCUACCAGCCCCUCAAAGGCCCUGGCCUCAAAGGCCCUACCCAGCCCCCUCCAAGACCCUGCAGCCUCAAGGAGCCCUACCAGCCCCUCAAAGACCCUGCCAGCCCCUCAAAAAGAGAUCCUGCCAGCCUCUGGAAAUGCCCUACCAACCUCAAGGCCUACCAGCCCCUCCAAAGACCCUACCAGCCCCAGGAAAAUACCCUACCAGCCUCCAAAAGACCUAUCAGCCCUCGAACCCUACCAGCCCCUCAAAAGGCCUACAACCCCUCAAAACCCUGCCAGCCCUCAAAAGACCCUGCCAACCCCUCAAAGACCUACCAGCCCCUCCAAAGACCCUACUCGGCCCCUCAAAGACCCACCAGCCCUCCAAAGACCCUACCAGCCCCUCCAAAGAUCUACCAGCCCCUCCAAGAACCUAUCAGCCCUCCAAAAGACCCUACCAGCCCCUCAAAGACCCUACCAGCCCCUCAAAGAUCCUACCAGCCCCUCAAAGACCCUACCAGCCCCUCAAAGACCCUCCCAACACCUGCAAGUUGCUCGAGGUCCUCCUAUCGCUACACAAGCAAUUCAUUCCCUCAAUUCAGAUACAACACUGUAGGCAGAGGAGCUGAAUAUUGUGGUAUAGAGCCUGAUCAGAAACACGGUACAAAAGUUAAUUCAGCUCCCUUACCAAAGCUCGAGAAAUUCAAUCCACUGGCGGUGAUGCUUCUAGACCACGAACACUGUUUCUCCCGGUACGAAGAGGGUCAAGUGGAAGUGGGUCUCAUAAGCAUGAAGGCGCGUUAA